UCUCUCGUACACACUUCUUUCUACAACCAUGGGUCUGCCAGAUGACAUUUCGUCAAGCCCAGCUGCUAUUAUCGGAACUCUAGCUGCGGGUGUCCUCAUAAAGUAUGGGGUGGGGUCGUACAUGCACUGGUGUAGAAAACACUGCUACCAGAAGGUUGGCACCGUAGCUGAACUGUACAUCUACCCCGUGAAAAGCUUUCGCGGAAUUCGCGUACGUCGGGCAGACUGUACCAAGGUGGGACUGCAGUACCACGGCGUCUUUGACAGACACUGGACAGUGAGUACACGGAAUGGCGUGUAUCUCACUCAGCGACAAGAGCCCAAGAUGGCGCUCAUUGAAACAAGUCUUCAGGAAAACACUAUGUUGUUGGACGCGCCAGGAAUGAAAACCAUCAGAAUCCCCAUUGAUCCUCCCCUCGACAAGUCCAAGAUGAGCAAAGUUACUGUUAAAACGGACACGCUUGAUUCUCUGGACUGCGGGGACGACGUGGCCGAGUGGUUGUGCAGAUACUUCAAUCGUGACGGCUUACGACUGCACUUUUCACCGAGAGACAUGGAAAAACGAGACGCGUCGAAAGCCGUCAAGACGUGGAACCACCCGGCACUGCCUGGCGACUUGACCGCGUUUUCUGAUUAUUGCGCCUAUAUGGUGUUGUCUAACCCGUCCCUGGCUGCACUUAACGAACGACUGGACGACCAGGUCCCCAUUGACAACUUCCGCGCCAACAUCAUUGUAGAUGGAUGUGAAGCAUUUGCAGAGGACUCGUGGAAGAGUAUCCGUAUUGGAGAGGCCCAGCUCCGCCCAUUGGACGCGUGCACACGCUGUGUUCUCGUCACGGUCGACCAGUUCAAGGGAGAGAAGAACAACAACGAGGAACCCCUCGCUACCCUCAAAAAAUUCCGCUUGAAGCCUCCAUAUGGAGAAAAACCAGCAUUUGGCGUGAACGCAGCAUUAGAUGCUCCCGGUUCCAUCAAAGUUGGAGAUCCUAUUUACGCGAUCUACUACACCACAGACACAACUAUGUCGUCUGUAUCGGAGUUCACGACUCCGCCUAGUGUGUUACUAGCGACACUAGCAGCCACCUCGGCAAUGAAAUUCGCGUUCAGUGCUGUGAUAAGAUGGCGGUAUUCUCAAGACUUCGAGCAGGUGGGUCGAGUGACAGCUCUCAACAUCUUUCCAGCCAAGUCGUGUUCCGGAUACUCCGUGCAAUCGGCCGAGUGCACCCUGCUGGGCUUGAGGCACUGUGAUGUCACGGACAGACAUUUUCUUGUAGUUAAGUCAAAUGGAGAUUUUCUUCACCAGCGAAUCAAGCCGCAAAUGGCGCUAAUUAAAUUCACACCAGAGCCCGAUGAUGACGUCAUCACAAUCCGGGCUCCCGGGAUGGAGACGAUUACAGUUCCCAAGGAUCAACCAGUCGAUAGGUCAAAGGUCAUAAUGUGCAGAGUGUUUGACUCGAAGCUGGAAGGGCAGGACUGCGGUGACGAGGCGGGGAGGUGGUUCAGUCGGUUCCUGAAUACCGCCGGGGUUCGACUCAUGUAUGCGGCGUCGGGUCUCACCAAGAAAGACCUACCAUCAGUCCAUGUCGCCUGGGGGAAUCCGUGUGUUGCUGGAGACCAGGCGGCGUUCAGUGACUUCGGGAGCUAUCUAAUCCUGUCAGAAGAUUCCGUGGCUGCCCUGAACGAGAGACUGGAGAGACAGGUAACCAUGAGCAACUUCAGACCCAGCAUCGUCGUGAAGACAGAUGGACCCUUUCAAGAGGACAAUUGGCAGGAGAUUAAAAUAGGAGAUACAGUCAGGAUGAGGAUGUUGGACUACUGCACCAGAUGUCUGCUGACCACGGUGGAUCCACAGACUGGAGUCAAGGCUGAUGAUGGUGAACCUCUCAAAACACUCAAGAGUUUCCGGUGCUUUAAUCCGUACGGAUCUUCUCCGUGUUUCGGUGUGAACGCUGCCGUGGACGUCUCCGGUCCUGUUCAAGUCGGCGACCCCGUAUACGCAAUCCUCAGGAGAAGUUGAUACGAAAUGAGUUCACAUCAAGAGCCCCGUGACCUGGUCAUGAUUUGGUCUAUACUCUACAACAUAUGUCUUGUAAAUGGAGAAUAUCUGUAUUUGACUGCUAUGUAACGGGACAGCUAUUAUACCAUUUUCUCAUCAUUCACAACAUAUAAAAAUAAUCUAUAUAUUUGUCCUUCCCGCAGUGGCUCACUGCCAUAACAGAAUUAUGUAUUUCCUCUUAAAGAUAAUGUACCGGCCUCGGUGGUGUCGUACUGUUAAGCCAUCGGACAUAAGACUGGUAGGUAUUGGGUUUGCAGCCCGGUACCGACUCCCACCCAGAGCGAGGUUUAACAACUCAAUGAGUGAGUGCUCAG